AUGUCGGCGUCGGACAUCCCGAAUCGCCUUCGCGCAAUUCUCGGGACGUCUGUGCACCCUUGGAUUCUGCAGUCCGCGUUUCGCGGCAGCGUCCAGGAGCAGGCCCUUCGUUUCCUGGGACGGAGGGCUUUUCCCACCAUGGAUGCUGCAGCCCUCAGUCAGCGGUUGUUGGAGCAGUUCAUCGCUGGUGUCAGGGACCCUGAAAUCCGGAAGGCCUUGAUGCGGGCGCAACGGCUACCUUCGACAAAGCCCUCGACCUGA